AUGUCAAAGAAUGCUUUAAUUAUUUUAGCUCAUCCUGAGCAAAAUUCUCUAAAUCAUUCGUUAAUGAACGAAUCCAUUAAAAUUUUAGAAGCUAAAGGCUAUAAGGUUAAAACAAGUGAUUUAUACAAAAUGAACUUUAACCCACUACUAACUAGUAAUGAUUUCAAAGAUUGGCCAGCCAAUAUACCAAUGAAUUUGAUGCUAGCCGCAGGAAAAUCUAAUGAAUCUAAGAAAUUAUCGACUGAUAUCCUUGAGGAACAAUCCAAAGUUGAAUGGGCUGACUUAGUCAUUUUCCAAUUUCCAUUAUGGUGGAUGUCAAUGCCUGCAAUAUUGAAAGGAUGGUUUGAUCGUUCAAUCUCAGCUAAAUUUGCUUACGGUAAUAAACCACAAAUUCCAGAAAACUCAAAAUUAGCAAAUAAAAAAGACUGUAUUAAUGAUUACCACAGCUGCAGGUGA